UGUGUUUAUAUUUUUUGUGUCAAAUUUUCGGUAAAUUAAGUGAUCAUUGAAUUGAAUUCAAAGCUAAAGUCAUUCAAAGAGUUUGCGUUUCGUGUGAAGAGCUGAUCCAAUCAUCACAUGAAUGGCGAGUCUAUUGCCAGAGACGGACAGCGAAGACGAGUUACCCAAUGGUUGGGAACAGAGGCUCACAUUAGAGGGAAAAGUAUUUUACGCUAAUCAUCAGCAGAAGUCGACGCAAUGGACACAUCCACUGACCGGCAAACGGAAACGAGUGGCCGGAGAACUGCCUUUCGGAUGGGAGCGACAGAUCCUCGACGACGGAACUGUUAUAUAUGUCGACCAUACGACCAAAAAGACUACAUUUACUGAUCCGAGACUCGCGUUUGCCAUCGAAGACACAGACAAGGAAGACAUCGUUCAAAGGUUUGACGCGUCGAGUACUGGUGACCAAGUAUUACACGGACGAGACCUCACCGGAAAAGUGGUGAUCAUAACGGGUGCCAACUCUGGUAUUGGGUUGGAAACCGCCAAAUGUCUGGCCUCUAAAGGGGCGCACAUUAUAAUGGUCUGCCGUCACCUCAAUAGAGCCCAUGAGGCCAUUGAGUACAUCAAGAAGUCUGUGCCCAAAGCAAAACUCGAUGCCUUAACCUGUGAUUUAGAGAGCCUUCAAAGUGUUCACCAAUUUGUCGAAGAAUUCAUUUCACUUCAGCUUCCCCUCCAUAUCCUUAUUCUAAACGCCGGUUCAAUGCUUUUGCCUCAUUGUCUAACAGUGGAUGGCUUUGAGACCACCUUUCAAGUGAACCAUUUGUCACAUUUUUAUUUGACUAAAUUAUUGCAACAAAAGCUCAUCGACUCGUGUCCGGCGCGGGUGGUUGUCCUCUCGUCCGAGAGCCAUAGGUUUAGUACAAUGAGUAUUGAGACACUGAGUCAAGAAUGGGUCUCACCAUCGACUUCACGUAAUUUCGUAUCUAUGAUGGCAUACAAUGACUCGAAAUUAUGUAAUGUUUUGCUCUCAAACGAAUUGAAUCGUCGACUUUCGGUGUAUGGCGUGAACAGCAACGCCUGUCAUCCCGGAAACAUGAUUAGCACCGGACUAUCGCGCAACUGGUGGCUCAUGAGGGGUCUGUUCGCGUUUGUCAGACCAUUCACCAAAUCUGUGGGACAGGGAUGUGCAACGCCGGUGUAUUGCGCCACCGCUCAGGAGUUGGAUGGCAUCGGUGGUCUCUAUUUUAAUAACUGCUAUCAAUGUUUGCCUUCAAAAGCGGCCCAAAACACCGAUUUGUCGGCUUCUCUAUGGCUGUUAAGUGAAAAAAUGAUUGAAAACGCUAUCAAACAAUUGAAGUCUCAAUAA